AUGGUUACAUACGCAAUGGUUACAUACGCAAUGAUUACAUACGCAAUGGUUACAUACGCAAUGGUAACAUACGCAAUGGUAACAUACGCAAUGGUUACAUACGCAAUGGUUACAUACGCAAUGGUAACUUACAUACGCUAUGGUUACAUACGCAAUGGUUACAUACGCAAUGGUUACAUACGCAAUGGUAACAUACGCAAUGGUUACAUACGCAAUGGUUACAUAGGCUAUGGUUACAUACGCAAUGGUAACAUACGCAAUGGUAACAUACGCAAUGGUUACAUACGCAAUGGUAACAUACGCAAUGGUUACAUACGCAAUGGUUACAUACGCAAUGGCAAUGGUUACAUAGGCAAUGGUUACAUACGCAAUGGUUACAUACGCAAUGGUAACAUACACAAUGGUUACAUAGGCAAUGGUAACAUACGCAAUGGUUACAUAGGCAAUGGUUACAUACGCAAUGGUUACAUACGCAAUGGUUACAUAGGCAAUGGUUACAUACGCAAUGGUUACAUACGCAAUGGUUACAUACGCAAUGGUAACAUACGCUAUGGUUACAUACGCAAUGGUUACAUACACAAUGGUUACAUAGGCUAUGGUUACAUACGCAAUGGUAACAUACGCUAUGGUUACAUACGCAAUGGUUACAUACGCAAUGGUUACAUAGGCUAUGGUUACAUACGCAAUGGUAACAUACGCUAUGGUUACAUACGCAAUGGUUACAUACGCUAUGGUUACAUACGCAAUGGUAACAUACGCUAUGGUUACAUACGCAAUGGUUACAUACGCAAUGGUUACAUACGCUAUGGUUACAUACGCAAUGGUAACAUACGCAAUGGUUACAUACGCUAUGGUUACAUAGGCAAUGGUUACAUACGCUAUGGUUACAUACGCAAUGGUUACAUACGCAAUGGUAACAUACGCAAUGGUUACAUACGCAAUGGUAACAUACGCAAUGGUUACAUACGCAAUGGUAACAUACGCAAUGGUUACAUACGCUAUGGUUACAUACGCAAUGGUUACAUACGCAAUGGUUACAUAGGCAAUGGUUACAUACGCAAUGGUUACAUACGCAAUGGUUACAUACGCUAUGGUUACAUACGCAAUGGUUACAUAGGCAAUGGUUACAUACGCAAUGGUUACAUAGGCAAUGGUUACAUACGCUAUGGUUACAUAGGCAAUGGUUACAUAUGCAAUGGUUACAUACGCAAUGGUUACAUACGCUAUGGUUAUAUACGCAAUGGUUACAUACGCAAUGGUUACAUAGGCAAUGACACUAAUAAGUUACGUGCUAGUAAAUGUGCUUAA